AUGGCACAAGGCCAAGUCGUGCCAGAUCCUCCCAAAUACGACAGAAGUCGACCGCUUCCGUCGGUGGAGCUCGCAUAUCGAUAUAAACUUCCAAACUGCCCGGGCAAAUCCAGCAUCGGCCUGACGGUUACAUUUCCUCCCCACGCUUCCACUCCGCCUCACACGCAUGCCGGCGCCGCCGUCUCCGUGCUCGUCCUUCAAGGCACCGUGCUCAACAAGAUGAACAGCGAGCCGACCCGGGUCUUCGGAGCGGGCGGAAGCUGGUUCGAGAGUCCCGGCUGUCACCAUGUGGUCAGCGACAACCACAGCGCAAGCGAGCCCGCAAAGCUAUUGGCGACGCUGGUCGUGGAUACCGAGGUCGUAGAAACGGGUGGCGUUGCAGCGUUGGUAGUAUUUGACGAUGAGUACAAGGAUGUUCAGCUCUAG